GAUUUGUAUUCAGUUGAUUGUUGCAUACAUAGCAAUGUUGACUAGGAAACGCGACGGCGUUGACACUCAAAACUAACCGAAACCAAUUCUUACAGAUAAUACUUAGCCAUGUUUAUCACCGUAAAAUACGGCGAGGCGGAGGAGGCGCUGUUUAACCCAAACUGCCGGAUUCUCCACCUGCUUGACGACAUCAAGCGACGGUGCAAGUGCACAGAGGAAGUCCUCGUGGAUUUAUCUGACGUGAACGGGUCUGUGCAAAACCUCGCCGAUAAUCAGUCAAGUAAUGCAACUGAUUUCCUAAAGGGAAGGGAGACUUUCAUUCUAGUUCGCGUUGAGAAAAUUGAAGGAGUCGAGAGACCUAUUUACACACCACUCUUGAGAGAUUCCGAUUACGUGACGUCAGAGUUCUUAGAAAGCUUGUCCAGAAUGCCGACUGACAUGCUAGAGGUCAGCGGUAGAUCAUCAAAGCACACGCGUCGAGGGGGAAGUCCCAAGACUGGAAAAAAGCCAUCCAUGGUCGGAGGAUCUUUAUCAAACCUCAAAAGUCCGUCAACCAAAACAAGUAGAAAAAUAAGCACAAGCAAAAGAUAGAGCCUAUUUUGGUCACGAAUAUUCGGGGGGAUUAUCUGACUGACUGCGGACUGACCCUGCAUUGGCUCAAGCCACCACCAGUGCUCCCUCUGAUAAAAAAGAACACUUAAAUACUUUUGCAUAAGCAUGGAGAUUUAAAGAAGGCCACUCAGCCUACCCAUGAUGCAGUGUAAAACUCGCCCACUUUCCUUUACGGAUCCUUUUUUUUAAAUUUGAUAGUUUUACCUACCUAUUCUGCUACAGCAGUUUCCCUUUUUAUCACUCCCUAACACUCUAACUGGUGAGUGUUUUAUUGAAAAAAAGUGCCAUCUAAAAUAGGAAUUUGUGUCUGCGUGAGCCACUAUCAAACCCUCCCUUCAGCAAAAAGCUAAAUCCGCACCAGGGGCAUAUACUUAUAUGUAUCUACAUAUAGAGAAGAUGCUGGCUAUCUGGACGCUAGAACAUUCAGGUGCCCUUUUAUAGCCAAAUUCGUUGUUGCGCGACCUCCCAGAAUCAAAAAUUUCUUUCUUCCCAAAGCUUGUGUCUGACUACGCGCUAUUCCCAAACGAGACAAGGAUUUUGAAUUCGUUGAUGUCGCGCAACAACGAAUUUGGCUGUAAGGGGCGUCCGCUAGACGCUUUAGGCUAAGUUCAAACGUUGUAUUAUCCAUGAGCCGUAGGCCUUAGGCAUUUUUUUUUAAAUUCACUUUCCCGCUUUCUCGUUUGCUUCCAUGAUUACACACUUUUAAAGGUGUCUUAAUUAUUUAUUGGUAGCGCCCCCAAAAUGUCUUGUUUUUAGUAUGAACAAUUAACAGUUAAUACCUUCGCAAAGGAUAAAUAAACGUCAUAGUCUUUAUAGCGGAUCUAGGUGGAGGCAAAAAAGUAUUUGGAUGCAGGCCCGCACGCAACCUGCUCAGAAAAUGGGUCUCGAAUUCUGGGAAUGCACAGGAUAAUAGAAUACAGUCAACCUCGGGUAUGUAUGGCCCAGAAUACUGUAAAUGGUGAGUUUUUUGGGGCCUACUUUCAUUAGGUACUCUCUUCUCCAGUUCGACCUAAAAGGCUUUCAAGUGCCUGUGAUGCUGCUGCAAUAUAUGAAGCCACAAGCAGCUAAUAUCUCGCUAAAAGCGCCAAUGCAUACGUUUUUUCAUGAAUACAUAGAUUGAAUUGAUUAUUUUGAUGUUUUCCAUUUGCGGUCGCCCUAAAUGCUGAAAAAAACAUUUUCGAACUCGGAAAAGGUCCAUAAGUAUGGUAGCACUUAUGACGGCACUUUGAUGUUAAAUGUACUACCUACAUUAUCGUAGGCAGAGCUAUAUGUCAAAAAUGUAAAUAAAUACCACGGUUUUAUCUAGCUCAAAGGAUCACGAACCUUAAGACCCAGUGUACAAAACACUUGAAAUUUUGCUUAUAACUUUAGUAAAACCUAAGCAACACAGCUGCGUUAUGAAAUAAAAUCGAUGAAAAGGGAAUGUGAAAAAAAAA